UUUUCUUUUUCUUUCUUCAUAUUCCCUUGAAAUGGUGCUUCCAAAUCCACAGCAGAUAGUGACUCCUUCUCAACUUCAUAUAGUCGAAAUAUAUUGACUUCAUAUAAUCGAGGGGCUACAGGCUACUUGAUAGUAUAUUUUAAGAAACUUUAUGCUAUCGGAAUAUUUUGUCUUGCCUAUAAAAACCGUAUCCACCUAACAAUGGACCACCAACAUAACUAACUACCCAAGCGUACACCCAUCCAUAAGAUUGCAUGGCUAACCGGCGUCGCAAUUCCUCAGCUUUUCAGCUACCCCAAAAUGAUCAAACAGCUUCUCAAUCCACCGCAGCAGCAGGUGGCUCCUCCCCAGUUUACCAUGGAAUCCGAUUGCGAGCUGGGAAAUGGGUUUCUGAAAUUCGUGAAAACAAGUCCAGUCGCAUAUGGCUUGGUUCGUAUCCGACACCAGAGAUGGCUGCUGCUGCUUACGACGUGGCUGCAUUGGCAAUCAAAGGUAAGUAUGCAGUCCUAAACUUUCCAGAAUCUAUUCUCGAAAAUACGCUUCCCGAGUGUCCUACUGCCGAUGACAUCCGUGCCGCAGCUGCAAGAGCAGCUGCCGCUCGAUCACCGGCGUAUGAGUAUGGUGGCGGAAGCAUGACGGUGGGUGGUACAAAUACAGCUCCUCCAGCUGGACCUGGUAUGUAUGUGGAUGAUGAAGCAGUGGUUGGCAUGCCAAGUCUGUUGUCAGAUAUGGCGGAGGGAAUGCUCCUUAGUCCACCGAGGAUCGAUUCUAAUCCGCCAGACGAUGGAACAUAUUAUUCUGGUGGAGGAAAUUUGUGGAAUUACUAAAAGCAGUCUUCGUAACAACCAGUACUAUGCAUGAACUAUGAAUCCCUGAAUAUCAGUAAAACUUUAUUGUAUGUUUUUAUCGUGUGCCUUUGUUUUUUUAUCACCAAGAUCUUCGGUUAGCAAAACAACCAUGAUGUUGGAGUUUCUGUGGUUACACCGUUUAUCUUUACGUAAUUUUACAUGUUUCCCAAUAAAU